AUGAGUGAAGGCCAGCGGUUUCAGCUGGGAACGAUUGGGGCUCUGUCUUUGUCUGUGGUUUCGUCGGUGUCCAUUGUGAUUUGUAACAAGGCGCUUAUUAGCACUCUUGGUUUCACUUUUGCCUUUUCGUAUUCGGGAGAUGAGCUGUCAGUUAUAUUCCCCUUUAAUGGCUUUGAGCAUGGUCUUAUGGUGACAAUAUGGCACCUUAUAGAGUUGAUACUGUCAGUUCUUAAGAAGUUGAGAUCUCUUUUUCACCUAUUCCUCUCUACUUCUUGUUGGCGCCUCUCUAUACCACAGUGUGAAAGUGAUGACAUACAAUAUGUGGACAGAAGCACAAUCAAAGUUUCUCAACAUGGGGAGAAAGUGCCAGAUGCGGCAACUCCCUAA